CUGGAUUUACUCUUGUGAGUUUACCAAAUUCUGCAGGAGGGCUAGAUCAGCUGAUAAUAGGCGUAGACUCGUCUCGUGGUGGGAGCUCCCCAUGAAAAACCAUGUACUGAAAGGAAAAGCAUUCAAGUUGAAAAAAGGGUCCCCGUCUGAUAUGUCCUGUUUAGAAGGCAGCUCAAGGAUGGAGAAGAAACAGUCCAUAUGUCGUUACUGUGAUCCAGAAGGCCUAUCAGCACCUGGAGACCGUUUCAGACGUUUAUUCCCUGGUCCUAGUUGGCCAUCUGGUGAUGACAUAUCUAAGGAGGCUGCUAGGAAUAUGAUAAGGUCCAGAGGUUAUCCCUUCCCAGUUCUCAACGAUUGUGGCAUGCGCCUGCUUUGUAAUUUUGAAGAAGAAUUUGGUGAAGAUGUCUGGAGUAAACUCACAGAAGAAGUUGCUUCGGGCAUGUCUCAGUGUGUUGUUGCUCUUGCUUCAUUCUGUGGAGAUAAAAGGGUUUUUGCUUGUACAGGCAUAAUUAUUGGCUGCAGUGAGUUCACCACAAGAGUUCUUACUUCAGCGAGUUUGGUUAGAAAUUCUGACGAUGAAGCUAAGGUUGAAGACAACUUGAAGAUUGAAGUGCGCCUUCCAGAUAAUGAACAUGCCACGGGCACAUUGGAACAUAAGAAUUUAUGUUACAACAUUGCGGUCAUUACCAUCGUGGGUUCUCGCUGUACUCAGACAGCGAAAAUAUAUGAUCAGUUGCAAAUUGAACCUCAUGCGAAAGUAGCAGCUGUUGGUCGUGUCUACGAAUCAGGCAAAUUAAUAGCCACAGGUGGGACUUUGAUUGACAAGCCAAGUGAACUCGAUUGCAAAGACCUUAAGUUGUCCACUUGUAAAAUCACAAAGGCUGGGAUUGGAGGGCCUCUUAUUGAUGGUGAUGGGAAUUUUAUCGGCAUGGACUUCUACGGCUUGGAAGAAACUCCGUACCUUCCCAGGGAUAAAGUGCUUGAAGUCUUGCGUAGUUUUGGUGCAAAGCCUGAUACUGCUGAUUUGACCAACGAUCAUAACCCAAACAGAUGGCCUGUGCCUAAGCCUAUUUGGUGCUAUCCGACAUGGCACCAGUAUAUGGGCGAAGGUGUAAAGGUGGAUCAUCGACCCCAGCCUAUGUAACGUAGCAACAUAAGCGCGUGCUUACAAAAACCAUGUGUACUCCUUUAGGGGUGGAAGAUAGACACUCUGAUUAUAUUCCAUAUUUAAGUUCCAUAUAUAGAAGUUGGUUUGUCACUCCAGGCAUUAAUAGUAGUGCAAUACUUUCUCCGAUCCGUAUUACUUGUUGCAGAUUGACAUGUAUCUAGAACAGUGUUCAAGAAAUCGUUAAACUUAACUUA